CCUCCCCUCUCGCUCAGUGCCAAGUCUUCUCUGUUCGGCAGUCUCACCCACAGAGACUCGAUCGAAAUAGUCAUCUCUGUCUCUCUCUCUCUCUCUCUCWCACACACACACAGCAAUACAGCAUGACAGCAACGAGUUCGCUUUCCUACUCCCUUUUACGACUCUCUUUCUCUACCCUCUAGACCUCAUUAUCAAUUUGUUGAGCAUCUGGUGUAGGUGGUGAAGUAAUCGAGGCAUACCAACCCAACUAGCCAAAAUCUCUGAUUUAUUUGGGAUUUUGUGACUCUUGGACGGUGUGUCAGUUUUCAGUGACACACAGUAGAGCUUCUUAUAAGUAGUUUGCUCACCUUUGAGAAGACUCAGUAGCUCAUUUCCUUCUCUCUCUCUAGUCUCACUUUCAAUCCAUUCCGCGCUCUCUUUCUAUUUUCUGUACAGAAACUGCUUGACUAUUUAAUAAACUAGCUCUAGACYAGCAAAAGGCAAUACCCUGACUCGUUUUGCUCUCUUCCAAGUUCCAAAGAUGGCUGAGAAACAGGUGUUUGAUCUCUCGAUAGAUGUGUCUCCACAAGGUGGCUCAGAAUGCUUCGAUGACGAUGGACGUCUCAAACGAACUGGGACCUUUUGGACUGCAAGUGCUCACAUAGUUACGGCUGUGAUUGGAUCUGGUGUGCUUUCCUUGGCAUGGGCCAUAGCUCAGCUGGGAUGGAUUGCUGGUCCAGCUAUGAUGAUCCUAUUCUCCUUUGUGAUCUACUACACCUCGUCUCUCUUGGCCGACUGUUACAGAUCCGGUGACCCGGUCUCUGGCAAGAGAAACUACACUUACAUGGAUGCAGUUCGAUCCAACCUCGGUGGAGUCAAGGUUAAGAUUUGUGGGGUAAUUCAGUACUUGAACCUUUUUGGAGUAUCCAUUGGAUACACCAUUGCAGCAUCUAUAAGCAUGAUGGCAAUCAGAAGGUCUAACUGUUUCCAUGAAAGUGGAGGCAAAAACUCAUGCCACGUAUCAAGCAACCCCUACAUGAUCAUUUUUGGUGUCACAGAAAUUCUGUUAUCUCAAAUUCCAGACUUUGAUCAGAUAUGGUGGUUGUCAAUCGUUGCUGCUAUUAUGUCCUUAACUUACUCUGUCAUUGGGCUUGGACUUGGGAUCUCCAAAGUUGCAGAGACUGGAAGUUUCAGGGGUAGCCUCACUGGAAUAACGAUUGGCGCAGUCACAGAAACCCAAAAGAUAUGGAGAAGCUUCCAAGCUCUCGGAGACAUAGCUUUUGCCUACUCUUACUCAAUCAUCCUCRUUGAAAUUCAGAACACACUCAAAUCCCCACCAUCUGAGGCCAAGACAAUGAAGAAGGCAACCUUGUUCAGUGUUUUCGUGACCACACUGUUCUACAUGCUCUGCGGCUGCAUGGGCUACGCUGCCUUUGGCGAUUUGGCUCCCGGAAACCUCCUCACCGGCUUCGGCUUCUACAAUCCAUUCUGGGUCAUCGACAUCGCCAAUGCUGCUGUAGUUAUCCACCUGGUCGGUGCCUACCAAGUCUUCUGCCAGCCCCUCUUCGCCUUCAUCGAGAAAUGGGCAUCACAGAGAUGGCCAGACAGCAAAUUCAUCACAAAUGAGAUCAAGGUCCCGAUCCCAGGCUUCUGCCCCUAUAAACUCAACCUAUUCCGCCUGGUUUGGCGGUCGGCUUUCGUGGUGGCGACCACCAUCAUCUCCAUGCUCCUUCCAUUCUUCAACGACGUAGUGGGCAUCCUCGGAGCCUUCAGCUUUUGGCCCCUCACUGUAUUUUUCCCCGUCCAGAUGUACAUUGCCCAGAAGAAGAUACCCAGAUGGAGCACUCGCUGGCUUUCUCUCCAAAUCCUCAGCUUCGCCUGCCUUGUUAUCUCGGUCGCUGCUGCCGCCGGUUCCAUCGCCGGCGUCAUCCUUGAUCUCAAGGUCUACAAACCCUUCAAGACCAGCUACUAAUAAGUUUGCUUCUCUCGCGCGAACCCAUCGUCGUCGGCAGCCUUGAUUAAGCUUUCCAAGGCAAGAAGAUCGGGCCAUCAGAGGUUUUAAUUAGUUCCCGUCCCUGUCCAUGACAACAGUAUCAAGUAAAGCUGUUGUUGGUUGUAGUUCAGAUCUGUCAGUUGCUUCAGCUGCGUGAAUUUCCUGUUUUCUUGUUAACAACUUUGGAGGCUCGCGGUACCAUACGCAAGUGYAUGGUAUGGCAUUCAAAUGUAGUAGUCUCCUCCUGCUUGGAUUGUUAUAACUCUUUCUGCUUCUGAUCAAUCUUGUUCAGUGUUCUUGUUUUCACUUCA